UUACCUUUGUCUAAACUGCUAAUAGCUAAAUUAAGGAGUUAGUUAAAUAAACUCCUGUCUCUUUUUAAAAAUCGCUAUAAUGUAGACAUUAUUCGCAAACGAGUUCAUUUACCCUUGAAGAACAAGAUUCUCAUACUGUUUCCAUAAAAGUCCAUACAGCGUUUGUCGAAGUGGUGGAUACAACAUGUGUGAAGUGGCACAAACAUCAAAAUAUCUUACAUCAAUAAAAUCUAACAUAAACAAUGAUGAAGGAAUAUAUGAGGCAGCUGAACCAACUUUAUCAAAUAUGCCAGUAGAGAUUAUUUUAAAAAUUUGUUCAUUCCUGGAAGCUGAUGUUUUAAAGUACACAUUGAGUAAAGUAUGUCGAAGAUUUGAAGAUAUUUUAGCUGAUGAUCAUCUAUGGAAAUAUUGGGUGCAUAGUAAAAUAAAAGGAUUCUUUCCCGUCCUUCCCAAUUUAAAGAUAUGGGAGGAAACACAAAUAGAUUGGGAAGAAGUGUGCGUUGAGAUGGAUGUUGAGAGAAAAAAAUGGAGUAAUGUUAAAGAUACAAUGAAACAUAUUGUUGUUAAAGAUGUUCAUUAUGCAUCAGUGGAUACUGUAUUGUUGGCAAAUAAAGGAGAAAUAUGUUUAUCGGGUGGUAGAGAUCGUGGUAUGGCUUUUUGGCAUGUGAAAGAUUUAAAAGUAAACGACAUUGAUGACGACACAAUUAUAAUGAGAAAUGCUAAACCACGACACAUCAAGCACGAUGCACACGCCGGCUGGGUGUGGGAUCUCGCUGCAGACAAUAUUGAAAAUGCCUCUGUUGUGUACUCUGCAUCCUGGGAUAACACAGUCAAAGCCUGGGACUUGGCCAGUGGAUUAAAUUGUAUUGAAACUUUUAGAUGUGGUAUGUCUGCAUUAUCUGUGGUGACAGCUGACAAUAUAGUGAUGGUCGGUCUAUACUCAAAGAAAAUACUUACCUUUGAUAUAAGAUCUGGAUCUCAUCCUAUAAAUGCUUACAAACCUCACAGGGGUCCAGUUUUGGCACUUAAUUCAUAUAAAAAUAUGAUUGCAUCAGUCAGUGAAGAUAAAACAUUAGCCAUCUGGGAUAGGGUUGCUGGAAAAUUGAUAAAAAAUGAUAUAAAAAUACCCGCGGAUCGAGCAUACCCUGUUUGUAUUAAUUGGAAUUCACCAGCUUUGUAUAUUGGUGAUUCAAAAGGGUCAUUACAUUUAUUCAAUCCAGAGGAUCAUACAUUUGUAAGGACACAUGAGAUUUGGGCUGAAUCCUCAGUAAUGGAGCCAUCAAAUAAAAUAGCCGGUUGCUAUCAAAGUCAAGGAAAUAUUAUUGUUUGCUCAGACAGAGGGGAAAUAAAAUUUUUAUACAAUUGUCAUCCACCUCAGGAAUACAGCAGUGUACAAACAAGUACCAUAGAUGUGACACAGUUGCGGUACCUUGAGGGUGUGCUGGUGAUAGGCACAUGUGAUUCAGCACUGGAGUUCUGGAUUUCAAAUGAAAGAUACGAUUGUGCGCUAUGAUUUUACAUAUAUAUUUAAAGUAGACAAUAACAUAUAUUUUCCAAGUUAUUGCUAUUUUAAAUAUUUUUAACAUUAUUGACAAUGCAAUAACAAAGAGUGCUAGGAAAUCUAAUAAAUUAAAAUAAAAGAUUUUAUACGUAUUUGAACAACAAAGAAUAAUAUUACAAGUAAAUGCAAUAGUAAGUAAAUAAUUUAUAUUGAAAUAACGUAAAUUAUGCAAUCUUACAGAGAGAUUUUACGACUUAUAUAAUACUCGUGAAUAAUUUUGUGGAUUAUAAAAUUUAUUUGAAUUGAUUUUUGGUCAAAUUUUUUGUAGUACACAAUUUUUUUAAAUAUUCGUCGUCUUUGUUUUUGCCCAUUUUUUUACUUCCUUAAUUUUUUAGUUUGAUUAAAAAAUUGUGAGAUACAAUCUUUCCACUAUAGCUUAAAGAAUAUUUAAUUGCAUAUCGGUAAAUUAGCUUUGCUCUGCGUUGUAUUUUGUUGAUCGUUUCAGUAUUGGUAUUGGUGGGUGUUCCAAGAAGAUUGGAGUAAAAUUUUAUAUUAAAUUGUGUGUCUAUACAUGUAAGACUAACAUGAGGACUGAUAGGAACAUAUUUUAAACUGUGUGCGCGUGAUUCUGUUACGUGUUAGUAAUUCUUAGGAAUCUUCCAGAAACUUGUUAGUAUCUUCUAUUAUAAGAGCACAAAUUUAAAGAACAAAUGCACACCUUUUUAUACAAAUUGUAUUAGGUUUUAUUUUUCUAUGUAUGUAAUAUUAAUUUCAUUCAUCAUUCACGCCCGAAAAUCUUAUAACAAAAUUAUUUAGUCAAGCAUUAAUUUAAAAUUCUAUAACAAUUUUCAAACCAUCUAGGUGUAGCGUGAAAUACACUUUGAGAUAUAAAUUAUUCAAUAUUAUAGUAAAUAGAAUAUAGUAAUUCAUAUGAGAAUUAAUUGUCGAUUUCAUAUUACAUGUCGUGGCAGGACUGAAGUUACUGUGAUACAGAUUUUGUAAUCAGUUAUCAAAAUUAAUUAUAAAAUAAUUGAUGUUACGUAAUUUGUUAUUGAUCUGGCAGUCUGAAAUAUUAUGCUUAAUAUUAAAAAUCUAUUCAUGCAUUGUUACAUUUUGUACCUACUUUUGCCUCAUUUUUGUUAACACAAUAACAAUGUUUAUGUUUAAAUAAAAACUUCUAAAAUGCUUUUA